UCCAGAUCUCUUUAAUAACAUCGAAAAACUUAUUAGCAUUAUAGAGGAUCAUAGCGAAUUUGCCGCAUUACCAAAAGAGGUUCGAUGCAAGAUUUUGGUUGAGUUUGGAUUUGUAUAUCUAAACUUUCAGCACAUUUCGAAAUCACGGAGGUAUAUGGAGAUGGCUAAGAAGCUGAUUAGUUUCAGCUUCAAACUCACUGGUGCCUUAGGAAAAAGAACGAAAUAUCAGGAGACAGCUUUAGCGCAACUUAGAGUUGAGACCAUCAUUGAGGAAAACGUUGUCGAUGUGACUCCUUUAGAGAAUGAACCUCAGAUCAUUGAUUUAAAUGACGACACUUUGCUGGACAAAAUCUCAUUCGAGGACGAAAAUAUUAGGAACUCGGUCUCAAACCUGACUGCUCCAUUUUUGUUGCACAUGGCCUCACUCAAGUUGAAGGACUUUGCCAUGGAAGACAUGUUACGUGAGGAAGUGAUAGCCUUUCUUGAGGGAAUCAUAGAAGGAAGGACAUUUUCAUAUUGCAUUGCCACACAUGCUUACUUUCUGAGGAGCAAACUUGAAAAAACAUCCAUUCGAAGGCUCAGCCGUUGCAUGGAACAGUUGGAAGAAGUGGUUCUGGGGUUCGACUGUAAAAAGGUUUGCUCGAGAACAGGGAGUCUAUUCCAAUCUGGACUUCCUCCAAUGUGGAAACAACAAAAAGUACUUGCAGAGAUGUACUCAGGUAUUGGGUCCCACAAAAGUGCUUUAGAUCUUUAUGAGAAGUUGCAAUUGAGAGAGGAGCAGAUAAACUCUCUGAUUGGAGCUGGAAGAUAUGAGGCUGCUGAGAAGCUGACUAGAUCACUAAUUGCUCAAGGUGAAACCCCCAAAUUGUAUUGCAUCCUAGGGGACACAACUCAAGACAUCACUCAUUACGAGAGAGCCUGGGAACUGUCAGGAGAGUCGUCAGCUAGAGCCAUGAAGUCCCUGGGAUAUCACUAUUUUAACAUCAAGGAGUACCGGAGGGCUUUAGUCUGCAUGCAGAAUUCUCUGGAAUGCAACUAUUUGCAGGGAGGUUUGUGGUUCACAGCUGGAUGCACAGCUCUUGCCAUACCAGAAUUUGAGACUGCCAUCAAGUGUUUCCAGACCUCUCUACAUAUAGAUGACGAGUAUUCUGAAGCUUGGAGCAACCUGGGAGCUUGCUUUCAGAAAACAGGACAGUUGCGUAAAGCUUUCAGCUGUUUCAAAGAGGCUACACGGCGAUCUUUUAACAACUGGAGAGUUUGGGAGAAUUUCCUGACUGCUGCAGCUCAGAUAAAAGAUUUUGCAAGCAUGAUAUUUGCUUAUCGGCAAAUCAUAACAACCGGACAGAAGUACUGUGAUGAAAUAAUACUGAAUAGUCUCGUGUCUGCAGUUAGAGAUAAUAUGACGUCAGUAUCUGGGGAAGAAGGAAUCAGGUACUACGACAAGAUUAUAGAUCUCUUCAAAUUUGCUAGCUCAAAAGUCACAACAAGCUUUGAUCUCUGGAGGUCUUAUGCUGCCAUGUACCUUGAUGUUGAUGGUAGAGAGGAUGUUGGUAUGGGUAUCGGUUACCUUAUCAAAGCAUAUCAUUCAGCUUCUUUGCACAUUGAGAAGUCAAUGGAAGACUUCUUGAAGUGUACUGAGUGCUCCAAAGUUCUUCAUAAGUACGUCAUAGCAGAAGCAAAAGAUUCUCCCACGUACACUCAACAUCUUCAGUCCUUGAAAUCCAUCCUUCAAAUAUUGAUAACUAAAGGUCACAAACUAUCCGAAUCUAUGCCUAAUGAAGAGGCUGAGGAGAGGAAGUUGAUUUUGGAGUAUUUGAAAAACGCUAAUCAGCAACUAGAAGAAGUCGAGGAAGCACAGUUAUUUGUGUGAAAUUCUUUGUAUUUCUUGAAUUUCUUUUAACAUUAGUGUAAGUUUUAGUUGUUUUCAGCGUUUUAGGUCGGUGGUUAAUUUAUUAAACUUUAUCAAACUAUCCUUUCUGGGAUAUCAGUUUUAUGGUGACGACAGGUUUUUAUAUGCACUUUUAUUUCGGUCUGUGGCUGUCUCAUUCUACAAAAUGAUCAUGUCAGUUGUUGUUGCAAUGAAUGAAGAUAA